AUGGGAUGGAGGAUCAUCAUGGUCCUAAGUAUACUGCAAUGGAAUGCAAGAAGUCUCAUAACCAAUGGGCAGGAAUUUAAGAAGUUUAUAUCUGGGUUACAGGACAAGCCUACUAUUAUAUGUAUUCAAGAAACAUGGAUGAGGGAGCAGUGGGAUUUUGUAAUACAUGGGUACACGGCUGUAAGAAAUGACAGGAAAAAUGGGAUAGGUGGUGGGGUAGCUACCUUUAUAAAGGAUGGGAUAGGGUUUAAUACAGGUCAAAUAGGGAUGGAUCAUGAGUCCAUAACAGUAAAAAUCUGGACAGGAAGAUAUGAGCUAGCAAUUAUUAAUUACUAUAACCCAUGCAAGAGAUUGAGUAUGGAUACACUGAAUAAGGUACUGGGGGAGGUGCAAGGGAAAAUAUUGUGGUGUGGGGAUUUCAAUGCACAUAGCACUUUAUGGGGGAGUGAGAGAACAGACUCAAAUGGUUCAAUAGUGGAAGAAUUUAUAGAAGAUAAAGGGUUAGUGUGUUUAAAUGAUGGGAGGGGCACUAGGUAUGAUUGUGUACGAAAUAAGGAGAGUGCAAUUGACUUAACUUUAAUGUCCAAUGAGAUGGCAGGUAUCACAAAUUGGGAAGUGCUAGAUGAAAUAUUAAUGGGGAGUGAUCACUAUCCUGUGAUUAGUAAGGUGGGUGUAGAAAUGCAGCGAGAGGAGGAAAGGAGGGUGCCAAGGUGGAAAAUUCAGAAUGCUAAGUGGGAUGCUUAUCAGGCAGUGAGUAGAAAUAUAUUUGAGGAGUUACAUGAGGAGCAAUGGACAGGUGUGGAUGAAUGGAAUGAGAGAGUGGUAGCAGCUAUAAUACAGUCGGCUGAUGGGACAAUUCCAAAAGUGUCUGGGGGCAGAAGUGUAAAAAGUGUACCAUGGUGGGAUAAUAACUGCAGACAGGCUAUAAGAGCACGUAACAGGGCAUUCAGAUUGUUAAAGAAGCAACAUACAAUGGAGACAUUAAUCCAAUACAGAAGAUCACAGGCAGUAGUGAAAAGGACAAUCAGAGCAGCUAAGCGGGUGUGUUGGAGGAAGUACUGUAGUGAAAUAGGGCAGGAGGUACAGCUGUCAGAAGUUUGGGGAAUGAUUAGGAAAAUGAGUGGAAUAAAAAGAAAUAUAACAAUCCCGAUUCUGAAGAAGGACGAUAGAACAGCAGUUAGUAAUUUAGAGAAGGCGACACUACUGGCAGAAACAUUAAUUCAAGUUCAUAGCUCAGAAAAUAUCUCAACAGAAGCAAAGCAGCAUAGGCAGAAUGUACUGACACAAAACACAUGGAUUAGAGAGAAAAAGCAGGCAAGAGGGGAUGAUCUAGAUCUGCCCUUUAAUUUGUAUGAAUUAAGAAGAGCAGUAGCCAAAACGCGGCAGUCGUCACCAGGAAAAGAUGAUGUGUGCUACUGCAUGUUAGAUCACAUGGAUGACAGGUCGCUGGGGGUAAUAUUAAAGUUAUUUAAUAAAGUAUGGGAGUCAGGGGAGGUUCCACAGGCAUGGAAACACUCAGUAAUAGUGCCAAUUUUGAAACCAGGUAAAGGAGCAUCAGAUCCAUCAAAUUAUAGGCCAAUUGCCCUUACAUCUCAAUUAGGGAAAACAAUGGAGAAGAUGGUAACAGAAAGGCUGAUGUUUUUUUUAGAGAGUCAUGACCUGUUUUCUUCACAUCAAAGUGGAUUUCGCAAAGGAAGGAACACGAUGGAUUCAGUGCUCAGUUUGGAGUCAGAUAUCAGAAAAGCACAGACAAAUAAAGAAAUAGUGAUGGCUGUGUUCUUUGACGUAGAGAAGGCAUAUGAUAUGUUAUGGAAAGAAGGGCUGCUGAUUAAAUUAGAUAAGAUGGGAGUGGGAGGGAAAUUAUAUAACUGGGUACUAAGUUUUUUAUUUAGAAGAACAAUAGAGGUGAGAGUAGCACAGGAAUUCUCUCCAAUAUAUGAGGUUGAAAAUGGAACCCCGCAAGGGAGUGUGUGUAGUCCAGUAAUUUUUAAUUGUAUGAUCAAUGAUAUAUUUGAGGAGGUGGGGGGAGGAAUAAGUAAAUCAUUAUUUGCUGAUGAUGGGGCCUUAUGGGUAAGAGGGAGAAAUCAAGACUAUCUGCAGAAAAAGCUGCAGGCAGCGGUUGAUAAAGUGGAGCAGUGGGCAAAUAGAUGGGGAUUCAAACUGUCAGUGGCGAAAACCCAAGUAAUAUGCUUUGCUAAGCGACAUAAAGAGGUGUCAAUAAAACUAUAUGAUCAAACGUUAGAACAAGCUAAAGUAGUACGGUUUUUGGGUGUCUUAUUUGAUGAAAAACUUACCUGGAAGCAGCAUAUAGAAAAACUGAGAGAUAAAUGUAAAAAUGUUAAUAACCUUAUGAGGUGCAUGGCAGGACGAGAUUGGGGUGCAACUAGGAAGUCUCUGUUAAACAUAUACCAAGCAAUGAUGAGGUCCAGAAUUGAUUAUGGCAGUGUGGCUUAUAUGUCAGCAGCAGAGAGUCACCUGAAGAAGCUGGACGUGGAACAGGCUAAGGGACUGAGGAUAUGCAGUGGGGCGUUUAAAACCUCUCCAGUGGCUGCUCUUCAAGUUGAGGUAGGGGAAGAGCCUCUAAGGAUAAGAAGGGUAAAGCACAUGCUGGCAUACUGGGUAUAUCUGCAGGGGGACAAAAGGUCACAUCCAGCAAAAGCAAUAUUAGAGGAAUGCUCAGAGCACGACAAGACCAAUUUUUUGAGUUUGGGCUGGGUAGGGAAUGAAAAAGCCGAAAGUGUUGGUUUAUGCAACAUGCAAUUUGUAUCAAGUCAUUCUUUACCAGAAAUCCCUCCAUGGGUAUUUCAGGAGCCAACAGUGGACUUUGGUAUUCAGGAUAAAGUAAAGAAGAAAUCAGGGAAUACAGGAGAUAUUGUGCAAAGAUACAUUGAACAGAACUAUGCAAAUAAACUGUUGAUAUUUACGGAUGGAUCAAAAGAUCCAAAGACAGGGCGCACCGGGGCAGCAGUCUUCGUCCCAGAACAAAGACUGGCAAUUAGAGAAAGGGCUACUGAUCAUGCCUCAGUAUACUCAGUGGAGCUUUUAGCAAUAAUACUUGCAUUAAAGUGGAUGAAGGGAGGGAAUGUUGUACAUGCAGUAAUAGCAUCAGAUAGUUAUGCAGCACUGGAAAGUAUCAAAACAAUGAAAUCAUGUAGGCAAGAUCUUGUUAUGGAGAUUCAUCAACUGCUACACCAGAUACAGAACAGGGGGGGGACAACCAGAUUUGUAUGGGUUCCAGCACAUGCAGGUGUUGAGGGUAAUGAGGAAGUAGACACACUUGCAAAACAAGCUGUCAGAGCACAAACAAUAAAAAACAGCAUUCCACUGGGUAGAGCUGAAGGGAAGUCAAUAAUCAAAACACAGAUGCAGAGAGUUUGGCAGGAAUAUUGGGACAUCAAUGACACUGGGAGACAUUUCUACAGGAUACAGAGUCAGGUGGGUGGAGAACGGGUAUUUGGCAGGAGCAGGAAGGAGGAGGUGGCCAUCACCCGUCUUAGGCUUGGGCACACAGGGUUAAACAGCACACAAAAAAUAAUAAGUAAACACCCCACAGGAAAGUGUCAAAGCUGCAAUGUACAGGAAACAGUUGAACAUGUCCUAAUGGAAUGUAGGGAGUAUGAAAGAGAGAGGGAAGUAUUAAAAAAUGGCUUAAAAAAGGAAAACAUUGGAUUUACAUUAAGGAGUGUGUUACAGAGAACAAAAGAGAGCAAUAAACAUGUACAAAGAUAUUUGAGAAGAACUGGCCUAGUUAAAAGGAUCUAG